AUGAGGCAACUCGAGCAGGAUGUUAAUGAUGUUGCGCGUGUUUGUGUGAAGUUUAGACCUAGAACCAAUGAGUCCGACUAUAUCAGAAUCUAUCCGGGUGAAAAAUGCCGUGCACCGAAUGGCAUGCAGAACAGGGGCAGAAAUAAUGUCUCUAUUGGCCGAGGUUGUGAGGCAAGGGGUUUCAUCCUGCACGAGCUGGUUCAUGUGCUUGGAUUCUGGCACGAACAUAACCGACCUGACCGCGACACCUACAUCAACAUCAACCUCACUAAUGUCAGAAAUAGAUUAAAGCCGGAUUUUAGUCAAGUUCCUUCUGCCAAGAUAGACACGCUGAACACACCCUACGACCUGGGGAGCAUCAUGCACUACAAUCCUUACACCAAUGCUAAAGACAAGACAAUACCUGUGAUAACCCCGAAACCCGGCAAGGCUGUGGGUAUUCAACUGGGGCAAAGGAUGGCGCUGUCCACCUGGGAUGUAGUGAGAAUCCAGAGAUUGUACGGGUGUAGUGAAAAUACCUCACACAUAACAAGAACAUAUCUAACAGACAGUGUAGCCAGGUGCGACUUUGCAAGUGGAAUGUGCAACCUGAGACAUGACACAGUUUAUGAAUCUCGCUGGAUGGUCAUGGAGGGCAGCAGUGGGACGGGACCUCGGGCGGGAAACACAAAUGGCGCCGAUGCCUUCCUGGUUGCCAAGGAAACAGAUGAUUAUGCAAUCGCCGGUAUACUGACGUAUUUAUUCAACGUCGGCGGUCUUUGUGUCAACUUCUUCCUAUUCCAGCGUGGACCAUCUUCUUACUUGAAAAUACUUGUGUCGGGGCCUUACGUUGCUACAUCAGUAGCCCAAUCAUAUCAAGGAAAUAACACCAACGAAUGGCGCCAUAUGAGCCUCUACAUCGACGCACCAGUGGGUGUAGCUUUUGAGAUAGCAUUUGAAGCUCACUUAUCAUCCGGUGAUGUUGCUAUCGAUGACCUUAACAUUUACAAAGGACAAUGCAUUUGA